CGCUCCUUCUCCGGCGCCGUGUUCAACCUCUCGACGACGGUAGUCGGAGCCGGCAUCAUGGCGCUCCCUGCCGCCGUUAAGGUUCUCGGACUCGUCCCCGGAAUUGUGCCAUCUAUGCCAUCGCCUGCUGACGAAUAUUCCAUCGACGUUAUCCUCCGAGUUGGACGGUCGCCACUGGCGUCGUCUUACGGCGGUGUUGUCGGGGAGGUUGGCUUCGUUGGAAGGACGUCGCUUCAGACGUGCGUCGUCGUCAAUAACCUCGGCAUGCUCGUCGUCUACAUGAUUAUCAUCGGCGAUGUGCUAUCAGGCACGGCGGCAGCAGAUGGUGUGGUGCACCACGCAGGAGUAAUGGAGGGGUGGUUUGGGCAUCACUGGUGGACUGAACGAUCUUUCCUAAUCCUCCUCACCACGGCCCUUGUCUUGUCUCCUUUGGUCUCCUUCAAGCGUGUCGAUUCUUUGAGGUAUACAUCUGCUUUGUCGGUGGCAUCGGCUGUGGUCUUUGUGGUGGUAACAGCAGGGAUUGCUUCCGUUAAGCUGAUUGAUGGCAGCAUUGGCAUUCCAAGACUUCUGCCGAAGAUUGUUGAUCAGGCCUCCUUCUGGAAGCUAUUCACAACCAUCCCUAUUAUGGUCACCGCAUUCAUUUGUCACUACAGCAUACAUCCAAUUGAGAAUGAGCUGAAGGACACAACCCAAAUGAAGUCAAUUGUCAGAACAUCCCUUGGUCUCUGCACGAUAGUCUACAUUGCAACCAGUUUCUUUGGCUUCCUCCUCUUUGGAGAAGACACUCUCGAUGAUGUACUCGCCAACUUUGAUGCAGACCUUGGAUUCACUGUUUAUGGGUCUCUUCUAAAUGACAUCGUGAGGAUUAGCUAUACAUUGCACCUGAUGUUGGUUUUUCCAAUCAUUUUCUAUUCUCUUAGGCUCAACCUCGAUGGGCUCAUUUUUCCUCAUGCUGUGCCUUUGGUACUCGAUGGAAAGAGAUUCUUCGGUGUUACAGUUGGAUUGAUGGGGUUGGUGCUUAUUGGGGCUAACUUUGUCCCAAAUAUAUGGAUGGCGUUCCAGUUUACAGGGGCUACAGCUGCUGUUGCUAUCGGCUUCAUUUUCCCUGCAGUUAUCGCUCUAAGGGAUGUCCAUGAGGUAGCAUCGAAGAAGGACAGGGCUCUCUCAUGGCUAAUGAUCUUUUUAGCAGUUUCAUCCAGCACAGUUGCUAUCUCCAGUGACAUCUAUGACAUUAUUCAUUAGUGGACGCAGCUCAUAAUGGUGGUGUUCCAGUCACGGUUGGUCUCAGAAUGCCGACGUGGUUUCAGGCGCUUCGCCUUCGAGGGGUUAAUUUAUUGUGGUAUUUUUGUAUUUAUUUGCUUUGCCCCUGAUACUUCAGGAGAGCCAGGUGUAAAUUUUAAGAGGAAGAGGAGACUGUCAUGAAUUUGGGGGGUAACUAGUACACUGUAAAUUUUUCAAGGAAGGUUAAAAAUAUAUGAAGGUCGAUUGACAGGCA